GUCACCCGUUGCCGAUACAACCCCCCUUCCCGUAAAACCGAUAAUGCCGAACAUUAGGCCACUAUCUGCCGAGCUGGCAAAGAAGGCCGCGGACGAGCUGUUCGAGAAACCGGAACGGAUCGAAGAGGAUCUGGCCGCGUUGCGGACCUGGUUGGCCAAGAGCCCGUACCUGAAAUCCCGCGACGAUGAUCAAUUCCUGAUGAUGUUCCUGCGCGGUUCCAAGCACAGCCUCGAGCGGGCCAAGGAAAAGCUGGACAUGUACUAUACGGUGCGGACGGCACUGCCCGAGCUGAUGCGGCACCGUGACCCGGAGGAGGCGAAGUUGCUCGAGCUGAUCAAGCUCGGUGUGGCCGUACCACUGCCAAACACGGUCACGCCCGACGGGCCCCGAAUCAUUCUGGUGCGCCCGGGUACGUACGAUCCGAGCAAGUACACCAUCCAGGAGGUGUUCCGGUACAACACCAUGAUGGCCGAUAUUAUGAUGAAGGAGGAUGAUAAUCUGAUCGUUGCCGGGCAGAUGGGCAUUCUGGAUCUUUCCAACUGCACCAUGGCCCACUUCCUGCAGUUCAGUCCAUCGUUCGUGAAGAAGGCCACCAUGUGGAGUCAGGAGGGUUCGCCGCUGCGGCAGAAGGGUUUCCACUACGUCAACACACCCAGCGGCUUCGAGGUGGUGUACAAUCUGUUCAAGAGCUUCCUCAACGAGAAAAAUCGUUCCAGGCUGUUUGUCCACGGAAGCAAUCUGGAGUCGCUGUACGAGCACAUACCGAAGAGCAUGCUGCCCACCGAAUACGGCGGUGAUGCUGGCCCGAUUCAGGUGAUCGUCGACAACUGGGCUAAGAAGAUUAUCUCCUACAAGGAGUACUUCAAGGAGGAAGAUCAGUACGGUACGGAGGAAAAGAAACGUCCGGGUCGUCCGAAGAAUGCGGACAGUCUGUUCGGGCUGGAGGGAAGUGGAGAUAUCUCCCGCCCCGUGUGCUGGGUACUGGUCGUUGCGAUCUACCUGAAAGCCGUCAGUAGCGAACCACCUUUGUUGGGAGCUGCCAGGCCGUGUGUGUGGGUGUGCGUGUGCGUGUUUAAGGGUGUCGUGAAGCUCACCAUGGUGAACCUGCGCCCAAUAUCGGCGCCACUGCACGAGAAGGCAAAGCGCGAACUUAACGAAAAACCCGAACGGAUCGAUGAGGAUCUAGCUGCGCUACGGCAAUGGUUGGCCCGAACACCUCACAUCCGCGCACGGAUUGACGACCAGUUUCUGGUGACGUUUCUGCGCGGCUGCAAGUACAGUCUCGAGCGGGCGAAGGAGAAAAUCGACAUGUUCUACAGCGUGCGCACGGCCAUACCGGAGCUGAUGCGCAACCGCGACCCGGACAAGGCCCGGACGCGGGAGAUUGUGCGGCUCGGCAUUGGGUUGCCGCUACCGUUGACCGAUGGUCCCGAUGCGCCGCGCAUCAUGCUGAUCCGGCCGGGUGUGUACAACCCGAAGGAGUACACGGCCGAGGAGGUGAUUAAAGUGAGCACCAUGAUCAACGACAUUCUGAUGCUGGAGGACGACAACAUGGUGAUCGCCGGUCAGGUUGGCAUUCUCGAUCUGGCAAACGUGACUAGCGCCCACUUCCUGCAGUUUACACCGACGUUUGUGAAAAAAAUGACCAUGAUGAGCCAGGAAGGUUCGCCACUGCGCCAGAAGGGUUUCCACUACAUCAACACACCGACCGGAUUCGAGACCGUCUUCAACAUGUUCAAAUCAUUCAUGAGCGAAAAGAACCGAUCACGGCUGUACGUACACGGAAGCAACCUGGACAAACUGUACCAACACAUACCGAAGCGUCUGCUGCCGAAGGAGUACGGUGGGGAAAGCAGCUCGCUGCAGGAAAUAACGAACAUCUGGGAGAAAAAGAUCCUGUCCUAUCGGGAGUACUUCCUGGAGGAGGACCAGUACGGCACGGACGAGCGGAAGCGCGUUGGAAAGGCUAAAACGGCCGAAUCGCUGUUCGGCAUGGAGGGAUCUUUCCGCAAGCUGGAGGUGGACUAAAACUAUUUUCUAUCUCUGUGGUGGAACAUUUGGAAGAUAUUUUGAGUGGACUGAGAUUGAUAAAAAGUGGAAGAUUUUGUUUUGUUUUUUGUUUACAGUUGAGGGAACAAAACUAGGAGGAACAUUUGUUGUAAGCUUUUCGAUCUGGUUCGAUUCGUUUUAGCAGUGCUAAUUUGCGACUAAACAUUUUCUAAAACUAGCUUGACAGUGAGGGAACUGUAACGUUUUGUGUAGAGUUUAAGAAUGACCUUAUUGAAGCUGUGUCAGUGAUCGAACCUUACCGAACACCACCCAGCAACCCAGAUGCCCAGUAGGAAACUGUUCGGAUGCGUUGAAAUGCGGUUCAUGCACGCUGUGACUACUAAUUGAUUUACACCAAUACAACCAGCUGCGUAGGGCGGCUU